GUUGUUUUCCGUGUUCUUCAGCAGAGCUCGUAGCGAUAAAAAUAAGCCCAGUUGAAGGUUUCCCAUCAUUCAUCUUGCAGGGGCAGGUGAUUGUCAUCUAAUAAACCUGCAGCCGGAACUUGCAUAUCUGAUUUAUAAUUGACUCAAAGAGGGCAAGUGGAAACAUCUCAAACUCUAAAGGACAAGCGUACCCUAAACAAGCCAGUUUUUGAGGUUGAGAUGUCAAAUAGUGAUUUAAAGAGGUUUGAGUUCUUCAACAAUCUCCUGAAUGUUUGCAGUGUAAGUGCAUUCUGCAAUAACUCUCUCCUGUCCUUUCACAACUCAAACAAUGAGAGUGGGAUGGAGAGUAUGGAUGAUGGAAUGCCCUGGCUGAGGGUAUUCAUCUCUGUGGUGUACUUUAUUGUGGCUACAGCUGGAGUUUUGGGCAACUUGCUGGUCAUGUUCCUACUUUAUUCCACUCACACCAUCACCACAGGGACCAUCAAUUUCUUUGUUUUCAACCUAGCCUUGGCCGACUUACUGUUUUCUCUUGCCUUACCGUUUUGGGCCGUGGAUAUUGCACUGGACUACAGUUGGCCUUUUGGCUUAGCCACUUGCAAGGCUGUGUCCCUACUAACCGGACUGAAUUUCUUUGCCAGUUGCUUUUUUCUGACAGCUAUGAGUCUGACCCGCUACUGCUAUGUGGCAACAGCUCUCAAACCUGGAUCUUCCCUGUGCAACAGAUCUUGUACUUUCCCAGUGACCACAGCUAUCAUCUGGGUCGGGGCUCUCAUCGUGGCUGUGCCUAGGGCUGUGUUCGCCGACCUCACCCGCGUAGGCAGUGGCAAUGACACAGCAUGCUUGCUUCGCUUCCCAGAUGGCACGGCCUGGCUUGGAAUUAACCAACUCCUGCGAGUGGUUCUGGGAUUUCUGCUGCCCUACACCAUCAUCAUCCUGUCCUAUUUGCUCCUGCUGCGAUUCCUCUGCAGGCAUAAACUGAAAGGAAGCAGCAACACUCGACGAAAAGCCAACGUCUCAAAGUCUGUGGCCGUGGUGGUGCUGUGCUUCUGCGCCUGCUGGUUUCCCUACAAUGUCCUCACUCUCUGGAGCAUCCUAAUACAGCUGGAUGUCAUUGAUAUCAGCAAAUCAUUCUACUCAGCUCAGACGUACUUCUUCCCUCUGGCCAACUGUUUGGCUUUCACCAGCAGCUGCUUUAACCCUGUCAUCUACUGCCUGGUGAGGAAGGAAUACCGCUCAGCUUUGCGUAAUUGUUUUUUCAAGAUGAGUCUGGCCUUCAUGUCCAAGAUGCCCUAUGCGCUAAACUCCGAGGAGGUUUUGGGGCAGGGCGGUCAGCUUGGUAUUCCUAUCAGCAAUGUCUACAGCCAGACAUGCCAAACUGACUCAAGAGGCUACACACCGCUGACAACAUUUCCAGCUGAAACAUCACCGCUGUAAAGCCUCAGCACAGUGGUCAUUCAGUCUUAAUAUAAAAUACCCGUGUCAAGCAGUUGAGACAGAGAGAGUCUGCAUUUCUUGGUGUUCUGUGAGGACAUUAGGAUCAGAUAGUAUCUUACCUGCGACAGCAGGCUGAGACCGAGCUGCAUACAUUUGAAAAUCAAACAGUUGCAAUUAUUAUUUUUGAGAAUUGCAACAAUGACAUCCGUACUGAAAAAUCUGCAUUGAUUUUUCUCACCUGUCAUCAUGAUGCCUCCAUCAGUCUGUGAUCUCUAGAAUCCACUGCACUAUUAUCAAUAAUCAAUAUAAUCAAUGAAUUCCAGUGUUACAAUCACUUCCAUGACUGCAACGUUUAGUGAGGAAAAACUUGAUUGGUCUGCACAGAGUUCUGACCUCAUCUGUGAACUCCUUUGGGAUGAAUUAGGAUUUAGGCUCCAAUUCUGGUUUUCUCAUGUAACUAUGAACACACUCCUAAACCUUGUUGAAGAUGUUUACAGAAUAGUUAGAGUUGGGAUUGCUUGUUGCUCUUGCUAGGUCCAUCAACAAAUUGGACCUUGUGAUUAAGAAUAGGAUGUCAUUCAUGUACAUGUAAAAGUAGACAGACAACUACUUUUGGCAAUAUAGUGUAUGUCCGCUGUAAGUAUCUACUGUCAAGAGAUGAGGUGGUGCAGCCCCCAAUCGCAGGCAGGAGUUAACCAGAAUAAUCCCUAAAUUAUAGUUUAAUGAUAAGAACUUAGUCCAAAACUUACAAAAACAAGGCAAGAGAUCAACAUAAAUUGCAGGAGAGGUACCGAGGACACAGGAACAUUACAAUAACACCAAAAGAGUCUAGCAAGGAAUCAAUUACAGAAAUAACAUACAUACUGGGAGCAGUGAUUAGUGGAGUGGGAACAGGUGAGGGUGAUUAACUGAAUGUGGAACAGUUGUAGGGGAGCAAUAACUAAGGGAGCUGAGAAAUGAAAAACACUAAUAAACACAAGGAGAAUAUGGUCAUCUGGUAAUCAAUAUCUAUACUGAUAAUGACUAGACACCAGAGAAACAAGAAAAACAAGGCCAAAAGUGACAAAACAACCCGGAAAAAGGUGUAACAGGGAAAGCAGAAAGCAAACAGAAGAAGGGGCAUUAGAAAAAUCAAACUUUUAAAUAAAAAAAGAAUCCAAAUUAGCACAUGUAAACUGCAAAAUAGAAAACAAAACCUCAAACUGAACACUUAGAGUUGGGAUAUACCAACCAACAAAUGUGCAAUAUGUAUUCGAUGUAUUUUGCAGCGGAACCCUGAAUGACCUUAGAUUGGUGAAACAGAGAUCAAGCUGCUAUCUUGUAAGUGGACAAACUGGAAAAAAUUAAGAGGUAGUUCAGGAAGUGAGAUUUUGUGAAGUGAGAUUUUGUUGAAAUGCUAUUAAGUUAUACCAAAGCAGACUUCUGCCAUCUUAAAACAACUAGUCUGAAAAAUUUCAGUGGUUCACACAAAUGCUAUUUUAUGAAUCAAGAAAACUUUGAAAAAAAAUUCAAAAACCAAGAAUUAUUUCCAUGGGAGAUACAUGCAGGAGGUGGAGGCUACUGAUGAUCUUCCUAUGUGAAAUGUUUACUGAGAACAAAACAUGUAGAGAGUAAGUGAUAUAAAAGUUAGUGUAAAAAUCAAUAUAACAUUGUUAACUCUAUGAUAUUUUUGCUUUUCACACUGCCUGACAUAAUUACACUGCCCUUUCUUUAGGACCGUUAUUCUGACCAGAAACACUUCACAUGUUCCAUUCUCAGUAUGUCUCACUUUGGAAGAUCACUGGUGUCACACUGUCUCCUACAUCUAUUUCCAAAAAUCCUAAAGUAUCAUUUUAUGUUAGCCCUGUUGUUGGAAUACUGCUUGAAAGUUGUAGGUUUCUCACCAACCUCAACCUAAAAGCCCAAAAUGGCUGUCAGGUGCAUUAAAUGUUAUACUGUGUAACAAAUUUUGGGAAACAUGUUGCUUCUGUCUUUGAAUGCACAAAUUGCUCAGAGAUGAUUUCGAACAAUCAGUAUCAGAUUUGACUUUUAACCUGUGAGGUAAAUUGGAUGCAGCAUUAGUUCUCACAGAAGAUUCAAGCUUACGUCUACUCAGAGUUAGGCCUGUUCCAACCCGGUUGUUAUUAUAAAUGACUUUUUAAUCCCAUAUAAAGAAAUAUCCAAAGCAAACUCUUUGAAUCUGAAGUUGUUUUAGGAUCCACUUUGAGCUUAAACCUGUUCUGACUAGCAUUUAGCUCUACCUCCCGCUGAGCUCCUUCUUUAGAACUAAGACUGUUCAGCUAACCACCGCAGGUAAGAUACUGACUGCUGAUAUGAACACCAUAAAUCCUCACUCGAAGGAAUUCAGGCUGUUCCUUUAAAAUUUCUGACAGCAUGCUCUGCUUACUUUUAACAUUUCCCUUUAAUGGUCAGUCCUGACUAUUUGAGAAGGCUCAUCUUGAAACAGCUCCUAAGCUUUUUUAGUUCUGCCUAAAAAUUCAAGUGUUUUGACAUCUUGCAAAGCUGCAUUUGCUAAUAUAUUGCUUGAAGAGACUGUACUACUUCACUUCUAGCAUCUUUUCUUCUUUAUUAUUUGGAUGGAAAAGUGAAAACAAUAUAUAACAGUUAUUCGUCAUAGCUUUUGUGGACAGAUUUACUGUCAUCUUUAUUAUUCUACUGCUGUAAUGUGUGAAAAUGUUCUAGUCAUUUUGUUGCAUGGAAAUCCAGAAAUAAAAACAAUUAAACUACAA